CGCGGCUGUUCGGCUGCCCAUAAGCAGUGGAGAGCUUCCAUAAUAAAUGAUACCCGGUACACCAGCUGUAUUUUCGCUCUAUAUGCAAAACAAACUUGACAAGCUUCCAGUCAUUCUCCCACUUUUAUCUUCCUUGAACUUUCAGUCCUCAGCGUACAUUUUUAACACCCUGAAAGACGAACAUGCCAGUGACUCUUACAGGCGGCUGCUUUUGUACCGAUCUUACCUAUCGUGUGUCUCUUGAUUCUCUGGACGACGCGAGGGUGACGCUAUGUCACUGUUCGAGCUGCAAGAAAGCGUUUGGAGGCGAUUUCGGCUUGACCGCAAAGAUCCCUGUCUCGAGUUUCCGGUAUAUUCAAGGUCAAGCAACAGAACACAAGGCGAAGAAUGGGGUGAAAAGAGAGUUCUGCGGUAUUUGCGGGAGCUACAUCCUUGAGUAUGGGGAAGCGGCCGCAAAUGAUUUCCGAUACAUUGUCGUCGGAUCCCUUGACGAACCUGCUGUUCUUCCACCCAAGGGUGAGUUCUUCUGCAAGAACAGAUUGGAGUGGAUGCCCCAGAUACCCAAUACUUUCCAAAAGCAAGAAAUAAAAGAGUAGGACGCUUUGCUGUCAAUGACUGAUGGACGAAUAGGAGCUGCGUAGUAGGGGUUGGCGGCACUAUAGCAUUUGUAGCAUGUUAAAUUGAAAGUUGAGGGGUUGAGUGAUUGUAGCCCUAGCAAAGUCUUAGUAUCGUAUACCGUAUCUCAAGAGAUUUAUAUUAAUCAUAUCACUAUCACGAAACCCUAUAGACUCCACUUAGGAGGACACAGCAACAUAAAUAAAACAAUUGAGCUCAAGACAAAGAACAUAGCUGGUCAGCUUAUGGCGAAGG